AUGUCCUCACACGCUAGUCGCGGGCCGUCCCACGGUGGUGUCCUCCACGAAUAUGCUCCCAAACUUGUGGCUUUUGAGUUCACCCCACCAACUGAUGGGAUCAACAAGAUAAACAGCCUUAUCUUCGUGGGCGGACUGACAGAUGGAUUGUGCACUGUUCCCUAUGUCUCUAAGCUAGCCAACGCUCUGGAAAACACCGAAUGGUCAGUCUUCUCUGUCCUCCUCUCGUCCUCCUAUUCCGGAUGGGGAGUCGGAAGCCUUGAUCGCGAUGUAGAAGAAAUCGGACAAUGCGUGCGGUUCAUUCGCGAUCUCAAGGCGUCGCGUCAACCGGGCGCAAUGACAAAGGCCGGAAAGAUUGCGAUCAUGGGACACUCAACUGGAAGUCAGGACGUGCUCCACUAUCUUUAUUCGCCCAACCCCGUGCCGCAAAAGGAGUUUGAUUUUGGCCUUCAGCAUAUGGUCCGCCCAGAGCUCGAUGGUGCAAUUCUCCAGGCGCCUGUCUCUGAUAGAGAGAGUCUGCUGGCUAUUAUCGAAUCUUCUUCACAGCCCGAUGAGCUUAGAAAGAUCUACGAUCAGCUUGUGAGCUCUGCCCAGGAGCAACCAUACACAGCAGACAAGAAGGACUCAAUUCUCCCAAUGAAUCUGACUGCGAAGCUUUCUUAUCCGGCCGAUGCACCUCUCAGUGCCAGGAGAUUCUUGAGUCUAGUGAGCCCACAUAGCCCCGACAACCCAUCUGAUGACGACCUGUUCAGCUCCGACUUGAGCGAUAAGCGUUUGCAAGAGACAUUUGGGAUGGUGGGCACCCAGGGCAUGGUCAAAUCAAAGCUAUUGGCCUUGUAUUCUGGUAAAGAUGAGUAUUGCCCGCAUUGGGUGGACAAGGAAAAGCUACUGCAGAGAUGGCAGCAAGCCACCGAAGCAGGAGGCGCCAAGUGGGAUGCGGAAAACAGCGGGGUCGUUCCUGGAGCCAGCCACAACGUUCGCGACGAGGGCCAGCAGGACCUGAUUGAUCGAGUUCUACGAUACCUCCAGACCCUCUGA